CUGACUGGAGGCAGUCGCGACGGCGGUCACCUCGGUAACAAAAUGAGGACGCUAGCGAUCACGUUAUGGUUGGUGCUCGCACUCGCGGCUUCUCUUGCCGUUCCUGUCAAGGACGUCGCUAACGACCCUGAAGCAGCCAGGGACAAACGCUCACCGAGUGGAUGGCAUUCGGAGCCUGAAGGAGUUUGGAAAAAGAAACUCGUUUGGAAAGAAGAUUGGAAGCAAAUCUGGAAAACGGAAAAGAAACUGAUCUGGAAAACAGAAUGGAAGAAAGAAAAGGUACCAGCUUGGAAAACUGAACAAGUCCAGCAAUGGAAAGAAGAGCAAGUUCCAGAUUGGAAAGUAGUUCAAAAGCCAAUUUGGAAAGAAGUCCAAGUGCCUAUUUGGAAGGAGGUUCAAGUUCCAGAUUCGAAAAAGGUAUGGAAACCGGUGUGGAAGGAAAUACAAGUGCCUAUCACUAAAGAUGUUCAGGUGCCUGAAUGGAAACAAUCCUAUGUUCCAGAAUGGGUUAAAGAAGGUAUUCCUGGUGAGAAAUUCUUAGGUAAAGAUAACCACGGUUGGGAAUAUACAAGCCAUGACUUGUGGAGGAAGAAAAUGAUCUGGAAGCCAAUAUGGAAGAAAGUUUGGAAAACAGUGCAGAAGCAGGAAUGGGUAACUGAGAAAAAGUUGGAAUGGAAAGAAGAGUGGAAGCAGAUUUGGAGAACUGAAAAGAAGCAAGCCUGGGUAACAGAGAAAAAACAAGACUGGGUUGAAGAGAAAGUACAAGUUUGGAAGACAAUAAAGAAAGAAAUCUGGGUACCAGUACAAAAGAAGGUGUGGGUAGAGAAAUGGAAGCAAAUCCAGGUGCCUGUAUGGAAAACCAUUGAAGUGCCAGCGUGGAAGAAGGUUUGGAAGCCAGUAUGGGAGAAGGUUUGGGUGCCAGUUCAUCACGAACACCACGGAUGGGAUUAAUAGCAAUAAGGAGCCAUGACGACAUGUUGUACAUAUAGAAAUAUUUUUUUCCAACUUAGUCAUUUUGAUAAAUAAUUAAUCGUAACCAGAAGACUUCAAAUAUUUUACUUUUGUAAAUAUAUACACAAAAAUACACGUGGUGCUGGUAUGUAAGCAUAUCACCAUAAUCUGUAGCGUACGUGAAAAUGAAUUCUUUAUUUGGCUUAAAGAAAUUGUCAAUAUUUAAUUUUUUCUAAAAUGUUCGCAUUUGAACUGAACGUGGUUGGCAAAGUUACCAUUGUAUAGUUAUAUUGAAAAUACGACUUUAUUUUAUUAAGUGUUAUUAGUUAUUAUUAAGUUCAACACGAUGUUUUUUAAUCCAGUAACCGUUACAAAUGUGUUCAACAUAGUACCUUGAUAUUUUUAUAUAAAAUUUGGCAAACAUUUUAAGACUAAAUAUAAAUAAGUACAUUCAUGAUGAUGAACCAUCAGAGGCUUGAAAAGUUUAAGUUACCAAAUAAUAUUGUUUUAUUUUUAUAUUGUUAUAAUUUAUAAAUUAAUGUUUUAUCGAUACAUUGAGGAAUUCAAGUCUAAAGUACAGAGAUGUAGUACAAUUUAUGUUUUAUAUAAUAAUACACGUGUUAAAAUAA